AUGGCCGGCCAACCAACGAUAAGCAGGUUUUUUAAGCCAGCGGACCGCUCUAAAAGGGACAAGAGGGUUGUUAGUUUACCAAUUGCCAGCUGCUCCAGUUCUAGAGAGAAAAGCCAGAAUGUAGAUGUGGUAGACCUGGAAGAUUCAUCAGUUGAUAGCACCGAGAAGAGUGAUCUUGGCUUAGAAGCCACUGCCGUCGGUAAAAGAUUCCCAGAUGUCGAAAAGUGGUCUGGGAUGAGCACUGCAAAGCGCAGAAAGCAAGACCUUUCAGGCGAUAGCUUAGGUCCCAGAGGAGCCAGGGGCAAAGAUGGUAGCAGAAUGAAACUUGACAGGCUGACACCACUAGACCAGCAAGUGAAAGAGCUGAAAGACGCUAACCAUGACAAGCUCCUGGUGGUUAGAGUGGGAUAUAAGUACAAAUGCUUUGCACAGGACGCUGUUAUUGCCAGCAGCAUUCUGCAGAUCAAGCUGAUAGAGGGCAAACUCACCUUCGAUGGCUCCAAUCCGCAAGAUUCCGAGCAUAAGCAGUUUGCGUAUUGCUCUUUUCCGGACAACCGUCUUCACGUUCAUCUCGAAAGGCUUGUUCGACAUGACUUAAAGGUUGGCGUGGUUGAGCAAUCAGAGACCAGUGCAAUCAAGAAGUUUUCGAAGGAUUCUAACAAGAGCAACGUGUUUGUGCGUCAAGUGACUAAUGUCUUUACGAAAGCAACUUAUGGAAUUAACAAUACAUUCUCUUCGGACUCUCGAAGAGUACUCGGCGACACCUGCAGCAUAUGGGGCCUCCACAUAGUUGAAUGCGGUCGUCGAAGAAUGAAAGUUCGUCUUCUAUCGAUUGCCCUGAAUACUGGUGAUAUAGUAUAUGAUGAGUUCGAAGAUUCAGAGCUCUCCACGGAGCAGCUUGACAUACGGGCAAGAUAUCUGGAACCCAAAGAAGUGGUUUAUUACGAGAAAUUGCCGACCAAAGUCGAAAGACUCUUAUCCGGAAGAGACUGUUCUUUCCACUUGAGGGGGUUGCCACUUGAAUCUGAAGAUGUGAACGAGCGCUUGAAGGAAGCUCAGCUCUCAACUGAAUAUUCCAAACUCUACAACCUGCUGUACGAAUAUUUGAAAGAGUAUAGCAAUGAGAAGCUUCUGCUAAUCCCCUCGUCUUUCAAACCUUUCGCUGCCGCGACCUAUAUGCUUCUCAGCUCCAACACCCUUGAAAGCCUCGACAUUGUUUCGAAUGAUGGUGGUAAAGGUUCGCUUUUCUGGUUGCUGGACCACACGAGGACCUCUUUCGGAUCACGAAUUCUCAAGGAGUGGGUUCUUAGACCUCUUUUGUGUCGAGCUGAUAUAGAAGAUCGACUAGAUGCAAUUGAAUGUUUAAAGGAAGAAGUCAGCACCGUCUUUUUUGAAGCGCUUAAUCAAAUACUGAAAAGUACUUCAGAUUUGCAGCGCACUUUGAACCGAAUUGCCUAUGGGAACACGUCCAGAAAUGAGGUUUAUUUCUUUCUAAAACAGAUAUCAAAACUAGGGUCACAUUUCGAGAUGCACUCAAACGAUUUGAAGAGUCGGAUAUCUAUUGAUGGCGGACGGAUAAACCGAAAGUCGAGGUUGCUAACCAGGCUAAUAAGCGAGAUGAUGGAAUACUCUCAUCGCAUGACGAUGCCUUUACUUUUCUCCAUGAUUAAUGCUUCGGCGGUGAUGGAGAAAGAUGUCGAGCGUCAGACGACUGAAUUUUUCAAUCUCAAUAAUUAUGAUCACCCAGAAGUGAUCAUUCAAAGACAACGUGAGAUUAACAGUGUCCAAGAGGAACUUGCGGAAGAGCUCAACCGCAUAAGAACAAUCCUUAAGAGGCCCCAUCUUAACUACAAAGAUGAAACAGAUUACCUUAUAGAGGUCCGGAACACACAAGUGAAAGGCCUGCCGGCAGAUUGGAUAAAAGUCAAUUGCACAAAGAUGAUUAGUAGAUUUCACACGCCCAACAUAAUCCGUCUAAUGGAAAAAUUGCAAUAUCACAAAGACCUUUUGCUUCGGGAUGCAGAGAACGAGUAUAAGAGCUUUUUGUCUCGCAUUGUGGAGGAAUAUGCUGCCUUGAGAAACUAUAUCAGCAACAUUGGUAUCUAUGAUUCGCUUCUUGCUCUGGCGGCAACAUCAUGCAAUGGAAAUUAUGUUCGCCCAAAAUUUACUGAUAAGAAACAGUACAUUAAAGCGAUCAAUGCCCGCAACCCUGUGAUUGAGUCCCUAGAUGUACAGUAUGUUCCAAAUGAUGUCAAUAUGUCAGAAAAGGAUGGAAAGGUACUCAUUUUGACCGGCCCAAACAUGGGAGGUAAAUCCUCAUAUGUGAGGAAGGUAGCACUAUUAGUUAUCCUGGCACAGAUCGGCUCCUUUGUGCCUGCUGAUUUCUUAGAAUUAGGCUUGUUUGACAAUGUCUUCACGAGAAUUGGCGCCUUCGACAAUAUUCUAAGAGGGGAGUCAACCUUCAAGAUCGAAAUGCAAGAAAUUCUCCAAAUUAUACGCAAUUGCAGCAGCGAUUCUUUGAUUUUACUGGAUGAGGUCGGUAGGGGAACUGGUACGGAGGACGGGAAAGCUAUUGCAUAUACAAUUUUGGAGUUUUUUCUUGCUGAGCCAAAAUGCCCAUUAGUGCUUUUUACGACUCAUUAUACUCUGUUGGGCUUAACUCAAUCUCCACUGCUGAGCAACUUUUACAUGGAUUACGUCGAAGAAAAGCGAGCAGGUGAGAAUUGGCCUACUGUCGUGUUUCUCUACAAAUUGAGGCCAGGUACAACCUCUAACUCGUUCGGACUUAAUGUUGCUAAGUUGGCUCAUAUUGAUACAACCAUUAUCAACAGUGCGUUUGAAGUGUCCGAAAGAUUGAGGGAAGAGUACAGCUUAACCCGCUACACGUCACGGGCGUCACACAUGAAAGAAAUUUUAAGUUCUCAUACAUCAUCUUGCGUGCAAAAGGUGACUGAGUUACUGUCGUGGAUUGAACAAGAGGAGUUUGACCGCGAAUAG